AUGCCCCUCCUUGUGCCGUCAUCAUCAGUCGGCUACUACCGACACCAGCCGGCUAGGAUGUCAAAGCCUGAGCUGACAGCCUUGACAACGGCAUCACGGCCGGGGCAACAUGGCCAGCCGGGGGAUGGCGCGACAUGGGUGUCGCUGGACCUUGUCGAGCCUCGCCGUCCUCGUCUUUCGUUGUCGUCGUCCAACCUCGUCUCUUGGCUGCAGUUGCACUACGCACACCGGGUGGCGUAUGCCUCAUCUUCCGAUUUCGAGUCAACCAUUGCGCCUUUGGCUGCCGUGUCGCCAUUCGGCCGAGACGAAGUCGUUCAUCUAUACACACCACAGGACUCGUCCUACACCAGCGUCCUCACCUAUCCCAUCGAGCUCUCCUCCAGCCACUCACUGAGCUCCAGGUUCUUCCCAACUGUUAGGCUGCAUCUCCAAGAUCGUCUUCCCUCGUAUCACACACUUGGCGUACUUGUCCUCUACACCCUACCCAAGGUCCUUCUUCAUGGAUCAGGCCGCGGCUGGUCUGCUGUCCACAUGGCCCAAGACUACUGCAAGCCGCAGUGA